AUGGAUUACGAUGAGUUUAGCAAUGACAACAACCCAUUUGCAGGCUCCAAUCAUUUUUACUCCAACGGAAUAAGCACUACCAUUGAAACCGGAGAGCCACAGGACAGCGACACGAGCGGAGCUAGUUUAGGAGUCCAAUCUCUGGAUAGCCAGCCUCUUGUCAGUCACAUGCCAGCUCAAAGUUCAGACAGUGCAAAUGUUCUGAUCACAAAUUAUGAAGUCCUGCGAGAUUUCAAGAACAUCACCACAGUAUUUUACAAAAUAGAAUACAUGUCCAACAGUGUAUUGCGCCGCUACACAGAUUUCGUCUUCCUUCGUUCUUAUCUCACAAAACUCUUUCAAACGAAAGUCAUACCGCCGAUUCCCGAGAAACAUUCUUUGGGGAGACUGAUCAAGAAUCCAUUCACCUACAAAUCAGACACAAAAAUAAUAUACAGACGAAUUCGACUACUUCAAUACUUUCUCACGGAGCUGAUAUCCGAUCCUGAGAUUAAACAAGCGGAAGUUUUUGUCAAAUUUCUGGAUUCAUCACAAAGAAAUUGGCUUCAGAUGGUAAAGUCUGGGCACGUUGCCAGUUUAUCUUCGAAAUCUGUGCUAUUAACCUCACCAAGAAACCCGACCAUACCCAAUCCUUAUCUAGUCUACCUACCGGUCCCGCCCCUUGGAUUGGCCAAAAAGUACGAUUCUAGUCUCAAUUCACGGAUUUUUGUACCAUUGGAGAAAAAGGCAAAGCUUUUGUUGCAGAGAGUCCAGGGUUUGGAACAAACAAGCAAAAAACUAAUUAAGGAUUUUGAAAAAAACCGCCUAGCCAUGGUUGAGCUUGGCGGUUUCUUCAAUAUCUUCAGCAUUCUGGAAGAUCAACAAAAACACAUCGAAGAAUUUGGAAACAGAAUUGAUUUAACCUUUUUGAAUAUUGAGAUCCUAACAAAGUCUAUCACAGUCAAGAUCUACGAACCAUUGAUUAUUUUGCGCCUCACAUUAGUUGCCAUUUUACAUCUCCUUCAUUAUAGAAAACUGAAAGAGUUGCAAUUAUCGUAUUUGCAAGAAAUCAUUGUCAAAAAACAGAUCCGACUGAGGAGUUUGAUGGAACGAGUGACAUCAGAGUUCAAACUCAAUCAAGUGUUGCACAAUAAUUCAGUCGAUUCUCCAAGUCUGAACAGAGCAAUAAAUGAGUUGAAAAUUAAAAAGCAGAAACGCAAACAGCUGGACGAAUCGUCUCUUAUCAUAAUCAACGAACAGCUGCACAAGGACGACGACGAUGAAAGCUUCAUCAGAGACCAUGAUAACAAUUCUACAUUAAGCAAAGGCAAUCAGGGGAACUGGAAAACAGCCAUUGCAGGAACGUCAUCAUCUGCAUCAUCAAAUAAGAUUCACACGAGGGCCACGUCUAGCCACAAAUCUGUCUCAAAAUUAACCCCUGACGAACUAGGUUCUGAAAUGUGUACAGCUCGUCUCGAGCUCAGCGAAAAGCUCACUCCAUGUUUUACAAACCUUAUGCUAGAUGUGAAGUAUAUCAGUCUCGAGGUAGAAAAGAAUGUCAACCAUCAAUUAGCCAAGGUGAUUCAAAGAUUGCACGAUAUCAUGAGUGACUGGCAAACUGUGGUUUUCAGUGAGUUCGCACAUAGCUGUCGCAAGAUAUGGAGCAAUGAUACAUGUUUGAGUUGA